ACACACCUAACGCUCACAACGAAGCUGCAAAGAUUCUCAAAACAAAGGCGGCUUUUGCGCCAAAUGGCGCUUUUGCGCAUUUACUGGUGUGCAUGUGCGCAAAUGCGCUAAAAAAAAAUCCAGUCAGUGGAUUUUCUGUGCGUCAGUGAAACGGUUAACUCUCUACCCGGAAAAGGGAGUGAAGUCUGCACAGCAACAAGCGCCAUGAUUGCGUUGCACUUGCGCGUCUCCAGCAGCUGGUGAUGUGCCAUCAUCGCCGUCAUGGAGCAGCUCGAAGAGGAACUAACGUGCCCGAUCUGCUGCGGUCUCUUCGAGGACCCGCGGGUUUUGUUGUGCUCGCACAGCUUUUGCAAGAAAUGCCUGGACGGACUGUUGGAGGGGAACCGAGGUCCGGCUUUCAGGACGCCUUUCAAAUGUCCAACAUGCCGCAAAGAGAGCCCGCACAACGGCGCAAACAGCCUGCAGAUCAACUACUCCCUGCGCGGGAUAGUGGAGAAGUACAGCAAAAUAAGGGUCAUGCCCAAAAUGUCUGUUUGCAAACAGCACCGCGGGCAGCCUCUCAACAUAUUUUGCGCCACCGACUUGAAACUCAUCUGUGGCUUUUGCGCAACGACAGAUGACCACAAAGGGCAUAAAUUCAGCUCCCUGGAGGAGGCGUACGAGCGAGAGAAGGAGGCGUUUGAAGAGCUGCUGCGCGGGGUGGAGAGCUGGCAGAGCGCAGACAUCCUGUCCUGCCUGGAGACACUACAAGCCAGUAAGAAAAAAGCGCUUCAGUCGGUGACCAAGGACGCGGAGGAGGUAACAGACUAUUUCGACAGACUCAUCAGUGCCAUCGAAGGCAAAAAGAACGAGAUCCUGUCCGAUUUCGAGACGCUGAAGCUGGUGGUGCUGCAAGCGUACGACCCAGAGAUCACCAAGCUGAGCGCGGCGGUGGAGGAGCACCAGCGGGCGCUCAGCAUCGCCGAGUCCUUCAGGAGCGUCUCCGACCCCCUGUGCUUCCUGCAGCAGAUGCAGGAGUUUCGGGAGAAGUUGGGGAUCCUCAAGGAGACUCUGCCGCCCUCUCGUAAAGACAUGGACGUCGGUCUUCCCGUGCGUAAUUUCGACGUUAAAAAGUGGGACUCGCUCCGGCUCCGAGAAGUGGACAAGAUCUCAGUCCCCCACGGGUGUGGCGGCGGCUCCCACCGAGCGAGGGGCUCACGGAUGACAGCCCGCAGAUGUUUCACCUUAUUCCUGAGUUUGCUGCUGCUGCUCCUGAUGCAGACACACUACGCGCGCUCACAGAUCCAACCAUUCCUCGCCGAGGUCUCCACGCACCUUACCCACGCUGGCGCGCACCUGCGGGGGAUAACUGACACGUGCACGAGUUUACUGGGUGCAGGUCAGGACUCUGUCGUGAACCUGAUAGACUCCGCUGUCAGUUUUAUUGGCAGCUGGAAGUUGUUUUAAUUAUUUAGGCUCGCGUGUCAUCCAUCCAUGAGGUGAUUAAACUCGGUGACACCCGAUGGAAACACUACACACCUACUACACACCUACUACACACCUUAUGUUCUGCCUUCAUGUGCAAUCAAACAGAAGCGACACUGCAGAUUUUUAAAGAAGACACCAAUGUGCAACCUUUCCUGUUUUUGAUUUCUUUUUUUUUAAACAUGUGCAAGAUGUUGAUAUAUAAAUAAAUAAAAAGUGA